AAACGCUUAGGCCACCAGAACCGGGGAAAUCUUCGAUUUUAACGGCAUUGUGGAGCGUUGCCGAUACACGUUACUUCUGCGUCACUUGCAAAUCACAAGGUUUCGAGGAUGGCAACUAUAGUUGGAGUUGGUGUCGGCGUGUUUGUGUUAACGAUUUUGAUGUACGUCUCUGUGACUCAAGUCCUAUUUCUCAUUGCUGAUAAUUUUGCUUCUUAUAACGCAUCACUGAGGUCCACCAUUCACAGGAUGAUUUCCAUUCUCGCUUGUUAUCUCGGAGGUGGAAGCCGGUAUUCCAAUCAAAUUUCAUUUGGCACGACCACACUCUUUUUGCUCGUUGCCGUGAUUUUACUGGUUUCACCACGCGGGGAAAGUAAUAAGAGUGUCAUCGAAACAGAAAUCGAAGGUUAUGAUGACACAGUGACCCAUCGUGCACUGAUGUUGGCAUCAAUGUUGAUGGCUAUGUUUGUUGCUGGAGGAGGCAUUGUUUUUUCUCAUCUUUCAUCGCCUGUGUUUUCAAAGCCCGUUGACCAUCAGAUCGAUGUCUUGAGCCUCGAAAAAAAGGGAGGUUCCGCUGAUAUCCGCUGAUAGGAAUCUUAAUAUAAGCACAUUUUUUUGUGAUCAGCUGUCAGCAUGGAUUUGUGAUGAGCUUUGUAGUAUCUCAUAGUGUAUUGAAUCACGUCAAAUCGAUUUUGCUUAC